UUACGGCUGUUUAGUAAAAUGGCGGAGCAAAGGGAAGGAAGCUCUGUUCAACUACACCAGGAGGACGUCGAUAAAAAUAGUGGAGACCCUCAUGGAACACCACUCAUCACACAAGAGGAGAAAAUCAGACAGCUAGCUCAUGUUGUGGGGACCCUCAGUAGUUCUGUUAAAGUGGAAGCUGGUCUGGGCAAUGAGAAAACUGCAUCUGCCUCUUCCACAGAGAGACACAUAUCCAUUCAGACUAAGCUGGAGGACCUGGAGACGCUGGCUGACUUGAAUGGGCCUGGGAAAAAGGCCUGCCCCCUCUGCCCAGAAGAGAAGUUUAAAGCCUGCUACAGUCACAAGCUACGACGACAUCUACAGAACCUACACUGGAAGGUCUACGUGGAUUUUGAAGGGCAGAAGAUGUGUAUCUGUCAUCUUCCCUGUCGACAGCUGAAGGCCAGCCUCAGUGGAGACCAGUCUCCAGGUCGAUUGGUGGCUCAUUACCACUGUGUGGUGUGCUCCGUCACCAUUACUCGCAAGACGGACAUGAUUAGCCACCUGAAGCGCCAUAUAAACAAGGGCGAGACUGUGGCCAGCUACACUGGAGGAUCUCACGUCCCCUUUGAGGAUCCAGUUCAUAUUGGGCAGGCCUAUGAAAUAAUGAAGGAACUGGGUACCAAUGUGCAGCUCCUCCCCAACCACACCACUCCACAGAAGAGCGAUACCUAUUUCAAUCGCAAGAUGAAAACAAAUCGACAGUUGGUUUUCUGCUGCCUGGCUGUUCUGGCUGAAGAACGGAAUCCCCUGGAGUGUCUGGAUGCUUUUGGAGCCACAGGGAUCAUGGGCCUACAGUGGGCCAAACACCUGCGGAAUGCUGUCAAGGUGACCAUCAAUGACAUCAACGAGGCCUGCGUCAAAAUGAUCCGUGAGAACUGCCUCCUCAAUCGCAUCCGGGUUGAGGGCGGGCGGGUGCCCCGCAACACCGACGCGGAGGAGGACGUGGAAGGGGUGCCCAUUUCCACAGUGGAGGUCGUCAAGAUGGAUGCCAAUGUCAUCAUGCACCUACGACCAUUUGACUACAUACACCUGGACCCCUUCGGCACGUCGGUGAACUACCUGGACGCGGCUUUCAGGAACGUGCGGAAUCUGGGCAUCGUGUCGGUGACGUCCACGGACACGGGCUCGCUCUACUCCAAGGCCCUGAACGUCACCCUGCGGCACUACAGCUGUCAGAUCGUCAGGACCGAGUACUACAGAGAGCUGGCGGCUCGCAUGGUGGUGGCGACGAUAGCGAGGGCAGCAGCUCGCUGUAACAAAGGCAUUGAGGUACUGCUGGCUGUGGCAUUGGAGCACUUUGUUCUGGUGGUGGUGCGGGUACUGAGGGGCCCCACGCAGGCAGACGAGGCCGCCAAGAAGAUCCGCCAGCUCAUUCACUGCCAGUGGUGUGAGGAACGGGUCUUUCUGAAGGCAGGGAGCAUGGUGGAGGAGAGCCUGUACAGACAGCUGCCCUGCAACUGCCACGGAAGCAUGCCGGGAAAGACGGCCGUGGAGCUGGGUCCCCUCUGGGCGGGGCCUCUGUUCAACACCGGCUUCCUCAGGAGGAUGCUGUUCGCGGCGGUGCACCACAGCAUGGACGACAUUCAGCCCCUGGUGAAGCUGCUGAUCUGCGAGUCCGAGUGCACCACCCUCAAGCCCCUCUCCACCCACGGCCACGUUCUCCUCUCCAACCAAGUGGAAUGCGGCGUGGUCAUUAAGACUUCACAGAAAGCAGAGGAGGCUUCGUCGGCCGACCAAUCGGGGAAGAGGAAGAUGACUGAAGAGUCUGGGAACGUGGUGAAAAAGGCUAAACCUGAGGCGUCGCUGGAACACCCUCCCUUCUACUACAGCAUCCAUCGCCACAGCAUCCGCGGCAUGAACAUGCCCAAGUUGAACAAAUUCCUCCAGUACCUGUCAGAGGCCGGUUUCAGAGUGAGCCGGACCCACUUUGACCCGACGGGGGUGCGCACGGACGCCACCCUGGACCAGUUCAAGGCGGUCCUCACCAAGUACAGCGUGCCGACCUACACCACGUCCCAGACCGGGGGCCUCGGGCUGAGCGCUGAGGAGGGGGGCAGGAAGGUGGAGUGACUCACUGGAGCUAAAGACUGGCACCUGCCGUCACCACGUUCUGACUGCACUGACUUCUUAUCUUUACUGCUGACAACGGCGUUUGUGUUUUUACUUUUUAACGCGUAUGGCUUACUGCACAUGAACGUACAUUUAGAAAAUUACACUAUAUGCGUUUCAUUAUAAUGGCUAUGCCUCACUGCCCACACGCACAAACACACACACACACACACACGACUACUAGCAUCAUAGCAUAAUAACCCUUCUAAUAUGCACUGAUUUGGUGCAAUCCUGUCCAUUAUGGGUUGUUGGUGUGGUCACCUGCAGUACUCCAGCAGUAAGUGGAAAUGAGGAUAGGCUCAUUGCACUAAGGAGUCUCUCAGCAUUCUGCAAUAUUCACGCACAUUAAUACCCUUUACAAAUCAUUUAGCACAUUUGUAAAUGGUACUGAAUUUCAAUUGCAGUAGAACCUCAGUCAGUGUUUCAGACUAGCUGGUCAAAUGGGUAGGAAAUUUAAAGUAGCAUGUGAAAUUGUCUUAUCAGGAUCCAUACCAUAAUUGAUAUAAAAAGGCCAGCAUCAAACAGAAAAGAAUGUAAAAAUAUAAAAAUAUGAGAGAGGUGAAAAUUGCAAACGCAUACAAUUUUGGAAGGUCAAACAUUUGACAAAAAGAAGGGUCAGAACAAAACGUGGUCAAAGACAAAGUCAUUAGGAGAUACUACUGUACAUCAUUGGGAAACAAAUGAUGUCAGAAAAUGAGGAAAAAAUAAGGCUGCAGUAAUGUAGUUAUGCAUUAGUGUAAUUUCCAAAGUUCUGAAUAACUUCCAUUCCAAAUGUGUUUAUCUGAGGUUCUAUGCUAUGUGGUACAUACAUUGCAGAAGCAAAGUUGCACAGACUGCAUGGGUCUGCAGUUGGGGGGUUACUGACUAGCUUUGGCCCAGUCAUUGUUUUAUUUACUGUGAAGGCUUGCAAUACUAUAGCCAGAGCACAUUGCAAGACAAUAUUCUUAAAAUGUGAUUUAAAUUUUUGUUCUCUUGAACACUGCUUGGCAUAUUAUAUUUCUUUUAAGAAAAAAAUGUUGUGCGUACAGUAAAUCAUUUACUGUGUGGUUUUGUGAAUAAACUCCAUACGUGCAGUGUUU